AUGCGACCACUUUUUAUUCUUCUGCUAUGUCUACCAAUUUUUGCAAGUUCGGUUAUUUUGAAAUCGAAAAAUUCCACUGGAUUUUUGACUGAAACUAUUGAAAAUGCUGAUAUCGUUAAGGAAAUUGGAGUAGAAUCGCAUGAAGUUGAUGUGAGGGAAGGAAGAUAUAAUCGAAACAAAGCGAGAAUUCGACACGCUCGUGACAGUAGCGGCUCACACGAAUCCUACUCUGGCUCCAGCUCCAGUAGCUCCUAUAGCUCGAGCGAUAGCAGUAGCUACUCUUCGUACACUCCAAGCAUCUCAUCAAACAGUGACUACACUUCAUACAGCCCCAGUUACUAUAGCUACUCUUCAUAUAGCCCGAGCUACUCCUCCUACGGUUCCAGCUACUCUCCAAGCUACUACAGCAACUAUUAUGGAGGUUAUAACAAUUAUGGAUACAACAACUAUGGCUAUGGGUACAACAAUAAUUAUUACUCCGGGAAUUAUUAUUGUUGUAAUUCAUAUCGAUCGUGCUGGAGACAAAGUUACAGUUGCAGUGGUAACAGUUAUUAUUACGGAAAGUAAUAAUUUUGAAGAGAAUUUAAUUUUUUUUUUACUUUUACGCUGAUUUUACAAGAAUACAAUUAGUUUUCCCGCUUGCUAUUUUCGAGUUGCUUCUCUCCGAUCCACGCCGUUUUUUGCCUUUCAAAAU